GGGGGCGGGGCGCCCCGGGCUCGGGACUGGCUUACGGCGGGGAGCGUCCCUCCGGGCCGCGGCUGGCAGGGUGCGGGGGCCAUGGAGCGCUAUGCGGGCGCCUUGGAGGAGGCGGUGGAUGGUGCUCGGCAGCAGGAGCGGCACUACCAGCUGCUGUCAGCGCUGCAGAGCCUGGUCAAGGAGCUGCCCAGCUCUUUCCAGCAGCGCCUGUCCUACACCACGCUCAGCGACCUGGCCCUGGCGCUCCUCGACGGCACCGUGUUCGAGAUCGUGCAGGGGCUGCUGGAGAUCCAGCACCUCACUGAGAAGAGCCUCUACAACCAGCGCCUGCGGCUGCAGAACGAGCACCGAGUGCUCAGGCAGGCACUGCGGCAGAAGCACCAGGAAGCCCAGCAGGCCUGCCGGCCCCACAACUUGCCGGUGCUCCAGGCAGCUCAACAGCGCGAGCAGGAGGCCAUGGAGCACCGGAUCCGUGAGGAGCAGCGGGCAAUGGACCAGAAGAUCAUCCUGGAGCUGGACCGGAAGGUGGCGGACCAGCAGAGCACCCUGGAGAAGGCGGGCGUCGCCGGCUUCUACGUGACCACCAACCCGCAGGAGCUGACGCUACAGAUGAACCUGCUGGAGCUCAUCCGGAAGCUGCAGCAGAGAGGCUGCCCGGCGGGGAAGGCAGCCCUGUGAGCAGGUGGGGUCCCUGCCGGUCACCCCCCGCCCGUCCUGGCUGGGAAGACAGUCCUGUCCCCCUGGCGUCACGCGUGGCACAAAGCUAAGGAGCUCGUCUUCCUGAUGUCUGGCCACCACCCUCCUAGGUGCCUGCAGGAAGGUCACCUCUGAGGAGAGGCGGGUGGACCCCGGCUGUGUCUGCCCCCCCCCUUUGCCGGGGGUUUUAUGCCUAAAGCUAGAGCGGUGUGGGGAAGGGGGAGCAGGCCCGCCUACUGGCUGGCUGCACCAGAGCUGAGCAGAGGGUAGGGCUAGAGCCCCUGGCACCAGCACACCUCGACCUCUGCCAAGCCCCAGGCUCUGUGCUUAUUUCUGGUCUCGGCCCGUUCUUGGUUGGUACCGCCCCCAAGUAGGAGAGGCUCGUGUGAGCCAGAGAAAUAAAGGCGCCUCGGUAUGGCCUGCAA